AUGUAUACAAUUAAUAAAGGAAAAAAAGCAAUAGUAGAUGGAGUUGAAGUACCAAUAUCAGUUAAUGUAACCAUUAACAACCUUCGACACACAGUAGAAGUCUUGAGCAAUGCGGAAACACCAGUACACAUCCGCGAUAGUUUCUACGCAACAAACUCCAUCCCUGGAUUAAUUUGGAUUGGACAUUCAGGUAACCCGGUGCUAGCCAACUCGGAUGAUAUCAUGCCUCAAGAUUUUGACGAGCAGAAUGUGCGCGACGAUUUUACGGAGCUCAAGAUAAUGGUUGACCUAUUCCGUAAAAAGAAACCGGAAUCAGUUAGCGACUCGGUUAUAGAUAUGGAUAGUUGCGGUUGCCCUAGCCUGUUAAUGUCAAAUUAUUGUGUGCGCCAGGCUAUUAACAACAGAGUUCUUGCUUUUAAUGAAGAGGGCCAGAUGAAUUUUGACGCUCCACGUGAAAUUUGA